GAAGGUGAAGGUCAAAAUGGGAGCUGACAAGAGUAAGUACACUGUAACCCCAGUGGGGCAUAUUCCGUAUUUUGUUGUAGAAAUCCGAGGAAUCAAUCUAAAUUCAAAGCACAUCUCGCAGGAGACUAUAGACAUGACACGGAUACUGUCACACCAAAACCGAAUUUUGAUUUUUAAAGACCAAGGCAUUGUUCCUGCUAAGGUUCACAUUCGUGUGGGUGAAUGGUUUGGACCCAUUCAACCUGCAGAAAUGUACAGCCAUCCUCGAGCCCCGCAUCCUCAGGUGCUUAGACUCUCCAAUGAUCCAGAGGAAGGCUGUGUUAACAUUGGCACGAGGGGGUGGCACAUAGACGGUUCAUACCUGAUGGUUCCUUACCAUUACUCUUUAUAUCACAUGGUCGCUUUGCCUACUGGGGGAAGUAGCACAUUGUUUUAUCCCUUGUUUGAAUUGAUAAAAAGUCUUGACAGCGAGCAGCUGAGCAGAUGGCAGAGAUUGUGGAUUGUCAGAUAUGAGGAUAACAAAAAGAGGGUCCAUCCUGUAAUUUAUGUGCAUCCUGUCACAGGGUUAGAGACUAUGUGUAUUCAUCUUGGAGGCAUGAAAUGUUUUGUAUGGGACAGAGGCACACCUGAAGAAAGGUGGACAGCAAAAGAGGAGACUGACGAGAUAGUGAAGGAAAUUCAACAAGCUUUUGAUAAAAACCAAAGUAAACUUAUGUAUGAACAUAAGUGGGAACCAGGAGAUUUCAUCAUCUCAGACAACCUGUCUGUUGCACAUUUAGCUGGUCAGGCAGCCAGGCAGUCUAGGAAAGAAGUUGGCCUUCGAAUUCUCCACAGGGUGUCUGUUGCAGGGACUCAUAGACCUCAAAAGGAAUUUAGAAACUAUGUGAAUACUUAUGCUCUUGCAAGUGACAGGGAAAUGCAAUCUCAGGGAUUUUCGUUUGGGCCCUCUCUGUGGAGAUGUUGUAUUUGUAGGAACAAUGGAAGUAACAGUUUAUCCGCUGACAGGACUUACAGAAAUUAGAAUUAAGAUUUAUGUCGGUAAAUUAAGACAUAUUUGAGAUGUUAGUAACAUUUUAGUUAUCAUCUUCAUUCUGUGAUAAGAAAGACUAAUUGCUUUACAGUUUUAAAAAAUGUACCAGUUUGGCUUUGUUGUCAUAUAUAUAGGUUCUGAAAUUAUAUACCCAUUUGUGCACUGUAGUCAACUACUAUUGCAGACAGUAAGUUUUUCAAUCAAAUAGCUUUUCUUUUGCAUUUUUCAUGAAAUUAUUAGAUAUGCGUUAUUCCAUGUGCUUAUGCUAUUCAAUUUCAUUUAGUUUUCGACUUUGUUUCAAUUACUAAAAUGCAUCUCAUAAAGUUGAAAACAAAAUGCUUUUUCUUUUUAGAAAAGUUUUAUUUGCAUUACAGCAAAGCAAUCACAGUAAACAUGUUGUAUUCCCAAGCUGCGAUCAGAAGGCCUGUAGGUUGAACCACUGCCUUCUUCAUUUCUGCAUUAAUGUAUUCCCAGUGAUCAGACAGAUAUCCCUCAUCGGUUGUUCAUCUCAAAUCUUACCCAAAAAUACAAUUCUUAAGAAGAGAAUUGACAUCAGUGUGUAUAUAAAGUACAACUGUCUUGAUUUUUCUUGCACUGCACAACGGCUUGUUAUUCAGGAUUUCUAUCGUCAUAUCACUCGUCUCCCCUUUAAGAGGUGGAGUUAGGAACACAGCCACUCCAGUAUGGGACCUGGGUGGCAUCACAGAUACUAGAGAGCACAACAUACAAACUAAAAUGCAACCAACAUCAUGGGAGCCUUCUCAUAAUAUUGUCUCAUUCUAAAUUAAACGUUUCAUUUAAUUUAUCCAGAUACAAUCUUGAACAAGAUGUAAGUGAAAGUUUAAGAACUGUACAUUUGCAACAGUCAAAGGUGUCUUUUAGCUAUUACAGAAAGUGUUUCACUAAAGAGAGAAAUUUUUAAUGAAUUUUGACUGAAUUCCAAAAGUGUUUGCAAUUGUUUUAUGGUCCCAGUAAUGUUGGUGCCAAGUUUGCAUUAUGUUUACAUUCACUGAAAAGCAAUGCUUGAGGCAAAUACUAAUUCAGGUUUUCAAUGAAAGGUACAAAAAGAAAGUGUAUAAAUCCACUGCAGGCUUGCCUUGAGUAAUUGUUAGAAUGAAGGAGCAAUCCAUGUUAAAGCAAAAUGGUGACAAUACACACUACAGAUUCAACUGUACAACUUUUGCUGGAACACUGUAUAAUGAGACAUUUUUGUUAACAUAACAUGUCACUUAAUGUGUCGCUACACAGUGUGACUGAAAACAUAUAUAAUAUAUAAUAUAUCUUUGAUGUGACCUUCCAAUUGUACAAUGUUUUGCCCCAUGAUCUGGUACAGAGUGAUUUGUUUUAAUUAUGCAAAUGCCAUUUAACAAUUGUGUCCACAUCUUUUUUUCUAUUUGGGAAACGAUGUAUAAAAGAGAAACAAAGAACAUCUAUAAAUUCAGGGCUAUUGGGUUUUUUAAGAAAUGUAUAUUUUUAUGAUUUUUUUCCAGGCUCAGGAUAAUCAUAAGGAUGUGGCGAAUAUUGCCCCAUACAAAAUCCACAGUUGACUUUCAAAAUCAAAACAGUCUUACAAAAUUUGUAUAUCACCCAUAUGACAUCAUGUCAUCCAGCUUCAAUACUUUUGUCACUGUUCAUCAUUCUAGGUCACAUUAAAUGUGCUUGCAGCACAAGAUGGAACCGUAUGUGUAGAUCUCUAAUGCUGCAAAAAACAAAUUGGCAAGGGCAGGAAGAAACCUUACUACUAGAGUACCAUAAUUACACACUACACUGACAGUAAAAGCCCCCUUCUGAUUUCAUCUAUAAUGUUAUUGCAUAGGUUUAGACCUAUUCUUUGACAACAUAUUGCUUACUACAAUUAUACUUAAACAGAAUAAAACAACAUUACUGACAACAUUUCCAUAAAAACACAUUCAUACCUUUCCUCAAUCAUUAAUACAAAAACCAACAAUCUAAGAUUCAAGUAUGUGGUUCUGACACCACAACUUGGAAAAAAAAA